GGGAGUUAAAGAGCGACUGUUUCCUCCUCCUCUCAAGCGCGGCAGGAGUCGGGAGAAAGAGCGCAGGAUGUGGACCUUUUGUUUUAUCUGCUUGCUCUCGGCCGUGUCCCUCAGCUGGGCGGCACCGCGGUUAUCUCCACUCUCACAUGAGAUGGUGGCCCAUAUCAACAAGGCCAACUCUACGUGGAGGGCUGGUCACAACUUCCACAGUGCUGACUACAGCUAUGUGAAGAAGCUGUGUGGAACGCUCAUGGAUGGACCCAAGCUCCCUGUCUUGGAGCAGUAUGCAGGUGACGUUGAGCUUCCCGAAAGCUUUGACCCCCGGGACCAGUGGCCCAAUUGCCCCACCCUGAAGGAGAUCCGAGACCAGGGGUCCUGUGGUUCAUGCUGGGCCUUCGGUGCUGCAGAGGCAAUCUCUGACCGAGUCUGCAUCCACAGCAACGGCAAGAUGAGCUUAGAGAUCUCAUCUGAGGAUCUGCUGACAUGCUGUUCAACCUGCGGUUUUGGGUGUAACGGCGGAUACCCAUCCUCUGCCUGGAACUACUGGACGAGGGAAGGCCUGGUGACUGGUGGGCUCUACAGUUCUCAUGUGGGCUGCCGACCCUACACCAUUCCCCCAUGUGAACACCAUGUCAAUGGCUCGCGGCCCCCCUGCACUGGAGAGGAGGGGAACACGCCCAAGUGUCUGUCCCAGUGUGAGGAUGGAUACACUCCCUCCUAUUUCCAGGAUAAACACUUUGGAAUGACAGCCUAUCACGUUCCAUCGUCGGAGCAGCAAAUUAUGAUCGAGCUGUACAAGAACGGCCCAGUGGAGGGUGCCUUCUACGUCUACGAAGACUUCCUCAGCUACAAGAGCGGUGUGUAUCCUGUUACGGGUGGUCUUGUUGGUGGCCAUGCCAUUAAGAUCUUGGGUUGGGGAACAGAGAAGGGUACUCCGUACUGGCUGGCUGCCAACUCCUGGAACACAGACUGGGGCGAUAACGGAUACUUCAAGAUUUUGAGGGGACAGAACCACUGCUUGAUUGAGUCUAUGAUUGUUGCUGGGAUCCCCAAGAACUGAAGGUGUGCUGAAAAGAGUACCAGGAGGAUGAAGCUCAGCUGUAGUGUUUUAAAAAGGGACUUCCUGUAAAGUGUUCCAUGUAUGUAGCCUGUGUUAUGUGUACUUUUCAUAUUUGAUCUAUGUGCUAAUUGCUUACUGCUGUGUACUUGUCCAACAAUCAUACUUUUGUAAUUAUUGAAACAAAGAUGUUUUAUAUAUUUCCUUUCUCCAAUGGAAUUGUGGCUUGACUUG